GUUUACAGUCAAUGAACUUAUAUGGAGCACUGAUAUCUGAUUUACAAGUUAGCAACAGGAAUAUUCAAAUAUUAGGCCAGUCAGUGGCUUUGCAGCUGAACAAGUAUCGAAGUGAUAAGUAGAAGCGUUAACGGAAUUCAUUAUCUUCGUUAGCAACGUGUCAUCAAGCGUGUGUAGACAAUCUAGGAUCUUUCAAUUUGACAGUUGAUUUUACUGCGGAGACAUACUUGGCGACAGAGGAUUUUAGCACUGCCUUCGUCACAUCGGUAGAGAGAUUAUGAACAAUGCCGCAAUAAGGCCCCUGGUAUAAGGAAGGUUGUGACAAAAUUCAAAUCGUUUCCUGUCUAAGACAAUUGUUUUGAAAUUGUAAAUAUUGUAAUAUGACGUCUCCGGGUCCUAAGCUGAGCCUCGCGGCGCUGAUGAAACACAAUGAUCCUUCAAAAAGGAGCCCUGUCGGGUCCGCCCGGCGGAAAGCGGGCGAUGGUAAGAGUGAAGCAGGGGAGAGCUCAGGGAGCAAGCCGAAUCCUUUCGGUGGCGGUGCUGCAGGGGGCAAGCCAAGCCUGGCUAGCAUCCUUAUGCUCAAACGGCGCAUGUCAAAGUGGAAACAGGACGUCGACGCAAAGAAAAAGGCGGAAACACCAAAAUAUGAAAACACUUUCAAAAUGUCACCGGAUGAUGGUAAAAAGUUCAUGAGCAUGCGGGCGGAGCAACUUAUGCAGAACAGUCUUGCUAAAUUCUUAGACGGGGUGAAAUAUGACCCUAAACGCUGCGGAAGACUCAUCAAAGUCAUUGCCGAGGAUAUCAAGUCAAAGAUAAGGGAGAUGGACAUCCCGCGUUUCAAAGUGAUAUGCUAUGUUGUGAUUGGUCAGGCUGGGGGUCAAGGGUUAGAGAUUGGAUCGCGGGCGGUUUGGGACGACAUGCACGAUAAUCACGCCACAGCGACGUACGACAAUCCUUCCAUAUUUGCCGCAGCAACAGUGUAUGCUAUAUAUUACGAGUGAGGUGAAAUUAAUGAGCUGAUUGCAUGUGGAGUUUAUGAUUUAUUCAACGAAGUAGCUGUACUCUGUUGCCAUACCGCCGGCGACCGGAACUUCAAUUGUUUUAUGUACAUGUUGUCAUAAUAGGUAACGGAUGUGGAUAUGAAACAGUGAUUGAUCACAAACAUAUUGUAUAACCUGACCUCGUCGCAUGUUCAUAUAAUGUCGGUGGUACAAACAUGAUUUAGGUGACAAAUGCAAGUUUCAAAACUGGACUGACGUUUCAAGACACUCAGAACAGUCAAUGUUAACAUGCUCACGACUUCAUUUCAGCGUUAUGUUUUUUAGCCUAGUAAUAGAUCAUUAGAUUUCUUAGAUUACUGUUUAUAUCAGGUAUAUAUAUGCUAUUCCUACUGCCUUCUUCACAUCUGCUGGUAUCAUGUUCGGACAGUAGGAGGAGAUGGUCAGAAUUCGAUGCCACAGCUUGGAGGUUGCACCCCAGCUUCAAUUUGAAAAAUGUGAUGUCACAUAUAAAUUGGCACGUUUCCCUUCUUUCAUUUCAUACAAUUAUUUUCAUAUUUUCAUUAAACAAAUCUUU